AUGACACCUACAAAGUAUGAGCAAUUUUUAAGUCUAAUCGCACCGGUGAUAACAAAAUCUUCCCUCAGGCGUGAAACAAUUGGAGCUAGUGAACGAUUAAUGGUCACUUUGAGAUACAUUUUUGGAGGCACUUCGCAAAUAGAUCUAGCUGGUAUGUUUCGAAUAAGUCCGACUUCGAUAGGAAGAAUUAUUAACGAAACCUCUAUUGCUAUAUGGACUAUUUUGUUAUCUAAAGAAUAUAUUAGCUACCCAAAAAGUGAAAAUGAAUGGAAAUUUAUAGCAAAUGAGUUUGAAAGGAAAUGGAACUUCUCUAAUUGUAUAGGGGCUAUAGAUGGGAAACAUAUAGUUAUGCAAGCCCCCUCAAGAUCAGGCUCUUUCUACUUUAACUAUAAAAAAUCGCAUUCUAUUGUUUUGAUGGCUGUUUGCAAUGCAAACUAUGAAUUCACUCUUGUAGACAUCGGUGAUACUGGUAGGAACAGUGAUGGUGGUGUAUUUGGAAACAGUAAGAUGGGAAUUGCUUUUGAAACAAAACUAUUACAUAUCCCAGAACCCAAUGAACCAUCUGGUUCAAGUAUAAAACUGCCUUAUGUUCUCAUUGGAGACGAGGCAUUUCCUCUCAAGAAAUAUCAUAUGAAGCCAUACCCUAGAGAAAUAUUAUCUUUGAAGGAAAGAAUAUAUAAUUAUAGAUUGUCACGAGCACGCAGAAUAAUAGAAAAUACUUUUGGGAUUUUGGCAGCACGGUGCAGAAUUUUUCGUAAACCAAUUAUUGCAAAAGAAGAAGUUGUUAUUAAUGUUACUAAAGCAGCAACUGCUCUUCAUAACUACCUUAUGCAUGGUCGUCAGUUUGAACCGUUAAAUCAAUAUUGCCCUUCAAAACUUGUAGAUUAUGAAACACCCUCUGGUUUGCAAGCUGGAGAAUGGCGAAGUAAUAUUUCGGAUUACCAAGGAUUAACUAAUUUACAAAAACAAUUAGGCUCAAAUAAUUAUACUCGCGAUGCAAAAACAGUCAGGGAAUUGUUUCGAGACUUUUUUAGUUCUCCUCAAGGACAGGUUCCAUGGCAAUAUGAUAUGGUUACUCGUACUCAAAAUAUGUUUGAUCAAGAAUAA